UGAAUAACACUUUUCACAAACUAUCUGAAAAAUGCUUUACCCAGAAGAGGAUCUUUAGCACUCUGCCAUACCACAGAUAUGAAGGGGUGAAAAGGAUGAAAGUUUAAGUCAACCAAGAUAUACAGUUUCGUUGCCUAUUAUCAGGAUGCCGAGGAAAAUCAAAAAACAGAAAGUGAAAAGCAGCCACAGGUCUGAUAGACAAGACAAAGUGAAAGAGACGACACAAACGAAAAAGAAAAAGAAGAUCAGGAAGGAAGGACGGAGUGACAGGGAGGAAGACAAACAACUGAAGCGUCCAACCACAAGUCCUCUGGUGUAUGACCCUGAGGUUGUUUUGCAGGAACUGCUCCUUCGCCACCCCAGCAAACCUCCAGAUGGGGAAGAGUCGCUGGAGGAGCUCCGCUCUCAGCUUUUUGAGAGACAGAAAGCCUAUGCCAAGCACCAAUCAAUCAAGAUAAGAACCUGCCUAUCCAAGAGGAUAUGUCGUUUUGAGCUUCCAAUGGACUUGCAAGAGUUGGAGGUUCUUUCCCCACAGAACUACCUCAGGAAAUACUGCUGCGUGUGUCAACGCAGGAGAAAUGCCUACCUGAAAGUCUUCACAAAGUUUGAUAGCAAACAGAAAAUGCUCCUCUCUUUUAAGGACAUGGAACAUGCCCUGAAGGACUUAUACUUGGGGAACAUAGCCUCGAAACAGUUCCAGUGGCUGAUGGAUUUAUGUGAUGUACACAUACAAACAGAAAUUGACUGUGAACUCUUCUGUUCAAUCUGUGCCCUCUCCGAGAGAAUGCUAUAUGCUGACUUUGCAAUGGAUGACAUGGAGGAGGCUGAUACCAGACAAAAAGAGCUGCUGGAGGAAGCGGAUUUCUGCCGUCUGCUGGCAAAGUUCCAUGGUUAUAACAUUGCACCAGCGCUGACCAGACUACUCCUGGAGCUUUGACUUGAAACUGAUGCUGUUGGCUGUGUUUACCUCAGUUAUUGAAAUGCUAAGCAAUGUGAACAUAUUUCAACAUUUAAUUGAAUUCUUCCCGGGAAGUGUCAUUAUGUCAAUAAUAGAAAUCUUUCAAUUGUAGACUAGUGUCAGUAUUAUUAAGCAUUUAAGAGAUGACGCAUAAAACAUUUCAUGUAAGGUUU